GUUCCUUUCGAGCACAACGGGUGCUCUGGAAUCGUGGGAUAACAUGUGUGAAUGGACUGAAAUGUCAACGUGAAACGAAAUUGUUCCUAGCUAGUUAACAAGUUGGGUAAUUCUAAAUCGGUACUGUUAUUGAAACGUAUGUCUUGUAUUCUAUGAAUCUGUCAGCCAAGGCAAACCGUGUGAAGUGUGGUAAGCUGGUUGGGUGAAGCCAUAUUUAUUUAGAGUUGCACAUUAAACUGUGCUAGCUAGAUUGUAACUUUUUACCGAGAAAUACCGAGGUAUGAAGCGCUUGUACAUCGGUGGAUUGGGCCACGCAAUUUCCCAAAAAGAUCUGAAAGACAGAUUUGGAAAAUUUGGCGAAGUGUCAGAUGUGGAAAUCAUAACAAGGAAAGAUGAAACGGGACUCCCUGUGAAGACAUUCGGUUAUAUCAACAUUAACAUCUCGGAUGAAGCUUUAAGAAAAUGUAUGACCGUAUUAAAUAAAUCUAAAUGGAAAGGGGGAACACUGCAAAUUGAAAUUGCAAAAGAAAACUUUUUGCAGAGGCUGGCAGUAGAACGGCAACAGGCGACCGAGAAGACUCAGUUUACAAACAUUGAGCAAAAAGAGAAGUUGGUGGAGUCUUUCAAGAAGGCUGGCGUGGAGAAUUUCCAUAUGAAAGCUGCAGUUCCCGGGACAGAGAUUCCAGGCCAUAAGGAUUGGGUUGUGAGUAAAUUUGGGCGGGUUCUUCCAGUUCUUCAUCUCAAAGAUCAAGGCAAGAACAAGGUUUUUAAGUACGACCCGUCGAAGCACAGCCACAACAUCAAGAGGCUGGAGAACGAGGCCGACGCGCCGACCCUAACACCGGUGUCUCAGCUGACCUGGGAAAUCCUGGACGGCGACGAUGACAUCAGCAAGAAAAGACGAGGCGAGUUCCCCCCGCAGAAAGCGCGACCUAAGAAGAUCCGGAAGGAGUCGCCGUGUGAAGUCACCGAAAACUCUCGUUCUGUGGCGAAGCACAAUGGCCACGGCACGGAGCUUCGCGGGGCCUCUGCGGGAGAUGAAGCGAACUCGCACAGAGUCAGCCGUUCUGGUGCAAAUACUCUUUUAAAGCAGAAGGUGACUUCUCUAAAUGGUCCUGCGCAAGAGAAGGAGAACCCCGUUCUAAAAAGGCAAACAAAAUUCCUGUACGUGUUCGACAACGAGGCGGAUUCCGAUGAGGAAAUCCGUACGCUGGUGGCGCGAGAGAACGCACGGACCAAAGACGCGGGCGUGGAGGAGGACGAGGACGCUCUGGAAGUGGUCGGGGACGACUUCGCCGUUAAACCCAGUCUGGGUUCCUGGGCCGGGCAGAACUCGAAGGGCGGGCUCGCCGCGGGAGGGUGCGGGGAGCCGGGAGACGAGCGGGAGUAUGACUCGGCCGACACGGAUGAAAUCCUCACGCAGCGCAAAGCGCCCGCCGCCCCCGUGAAGCAGAAGGAAGCUGAGGCUGGUCGCACCCCGCCGAGCCCCCCUGGGGCAGCUUCAAACAAAAGCGACUCUAAACCUGGCGCACGCAAAAGGAAACAGAAGCAGGGAAGUGAAGUGCUCUCAAAGCAGCCAGCCUGUGUAACUGAGUCGAGAAAAGAGGGAUCCGAGGAGUGUCAGGAUUCCGGUUCUGAUUCUGGUUCUGAUUCAGAGGGAUCACAGGAGUGUCAAGAUUCUGGUUCUGAUUCUGAUUCAGAGGGAUCGCAGGAGUGUCAGGAUUCUGGUUCUGGUUCUGGUUCUGAUUCAGAGGGAUCACAGGAGGGUCAGGAUUCUGAUUCUGAUUCUGAGUUGGAUUAUGAAACCAUGGUGGCCAGUUGCCAGCGUAUAGAGCUGUCUCUUGCAGAUUUGGAGCAACUUGCGAAGGAGGCUGCCAUGGCCGAGGAAGAGGAAAGUGGGGGUUGCCAAGAGUCCGAUUCACAAGCUGGAUCAGGACAAGGGGGCGCCUCGACGGCUCCACUAACAAAGAAAGGCACCACGCCGGAGGAGAUUCUGGCGGCCAUUUUGGAGGAGGACAGCAGCGAUGAGGAAAGCGCGAAGGGCAAGGGGAAGAAAAAGAAGAGGCAGAACAAGAGCCAACCCCCGAGUCUCCCUGCUUUCCCGGGGACCAGGGCUCUUUCAGAGACCGCUCCAGCUGCUCUGCCAGGUCUCCGCCCGAAGAGGAGCGGAGACGAUGAAGAGCGAGGGGCCACCGAGGCCAAGAAGAAACCGAAACUGGAACGCGCGCUCCCGUCGUCUGACUCCGGUGAGUCGAAUUCGGGUGCCAGCAGCUCUGAUGGUGACGAAGAGGAAGAUCCCAAACGCCGACCGUCUGCAGGAGAUACGGACGGAUCUGCUCCUAAACGCGAGGUCUCAUUGAACGGCUCUGAGGCCUCUAGGGCUGUGCCAGCGACUGAGCGGGCGGGGGCGACGGACGAAGCCUCAACGAAAGAUUCAACGAGCGCGACCGCCAAGCGGUUAGAGGGGAAAACGUUGGCGUCGGCGGAAGGCAGGAAGCCUUCCCAGAAGCCGGUCUGCGCGGAGGACGUUCGGCAGAAGCAGAUGCAGGAUAACCUGAAGCGCCUGGCUGCACUGGAGCAGAAGCAGAAGGAGGCGGAGCAGCAGAAGAAGCUCAUCCAAGGCGCCCUCUCCACCUUGGAUGCACCAGCAGCGGGCAAAGGAAAGCACAUUGUGUUUGACUCUGAGGACGAGGACGAGGGAGAGGAGGCUGCUGAGCAGAGCUCUGUGGAACAACACAAGCCUACAAAGAGUCUUUUUGAGGAGUCAGAGUCCUCCACAGAGGAGCCCGGUGAAUUGGCUUCCGUCACUGGGGCGAAACAGGGCCUCAGGGUAAAGGACUUUGAAAAGGAAAUGGGCAGCAAGCUGUUUGACAGUGAAGACGAUGAUGAUGAUGAGGAGGCUGAUGACGAAGACGACGGCGAUGAAGCACGGUUCCAGAUUAAGCCGCAGUUUGAGGGUAAAUCUGGACAGAAGCUCAUGCGGUUGCAGGCUCGGUUCGGGACGGACGAGCGGUUCCGCAUGGACUCCCGGUUCCUUGACAGCGAUGAUGAGUCCAACAUUCCAGAAGAGACGUCCUCUCGCGCCGAUGUGGAAGUGCAGCUAGAGGAAGAGAAGCAGAAGAAUCUGGACAUCUUACAAAGUCUCCUGAACAUCAACGUCCAACGCGCAGCCACCAGCAAAGAAGCAACCAAGAGCAAACAGUUCAGAGAUAUCUCUGCCCUGCACUACGAUCCCACGCGAGAAGAGCACGCCGCCUUUGAGAAGAAAAGCGAGGAGCCCAAAAAAGACAGCAAGGCAGCGAGACGCAAGAAACGUGAGGAGGCAGAGAAGUUGCCGGAAGUCUCCAAGGACAUCUACUACGAUGUGGCCGUAGACCUGAAAGAGGCUUUUGGAUCUCAGAAAGAAAAGAUUGAGAUGAAACCGGCUGUAGCCUGGGAUAAGGAGGAGGAGGCGGAACAGGAGGAAGGGGAUGAAGAGGAACAGGAAGAGGAGGAAGAGGAGGAGGUGGAGAAGGAUGCUCCAGAGGAGAAGGCAUCUGUGGAGCUUUCUCUGUCCUCUGCGAAUGCGAGUGCCACGAAUGCAGAAUCAACGGGCUUCCAGUUCUCAUUCUUCGGAAAUAAUGCCACAGAGGAUACUACAGUGAAAGAUGACUAUAAGAUCGAGAUACUAAAGGGAGCAAAACAGCCGUGGCAGGAGAACCCCUGCUUUCGAGACAGCUCUGAGGACGAAGACGAGGACAAGAUGGAGGAAGGCGCUGGAGAUCAAUCUGCUUCCGUCAACGCUACAGAGGAACCAGUGGUGGCAAAGAAAAGGUUUUUCUUUUUCUUCCAAGAUGAUGAGCGGUUAAAAGAGGGGCCAAAGAUGUUCUGUAGAUCAGCAAAGUUGGAGGACCAGAGGGAACACUGGGAAGUGAAGAGAACCACUCUGAUUGAGGAGUACAGGAAGAAGCACAAGGAUGCACGACGAAGAAUCAAGGCUUCACAGAAGAGCUGAACAGAAUCGCACAGAAUGCCGCCAGAUUUUUUUCUUUUUUUUGACGUUUCACGGUUCCUUGUCAAAGUAAUUUGACCACUCAAUUUUGGAACAAAGUUGUUUCAGUCAAAAUCUCCAGUUGCUUCUUUUUUUUGGAAAUAAUUUAUUUUUACCAUUGCCUUUUUUUGAUGGUUUAUACAAUGUUUGUAUAUAAAAAAAAAUAUGAACAGUAUUAUUUUCAUUGUUGAUGACAAAUAAAAUGGAGAUCUUUCUA